UGGACUUUGCCUGUGCUGGGCAGAGAGACACUUCAACAUAAGCCUGGUAUAGUGUGUCAGUGUUGUUCAGCUUGCAGCAGAAAGAUGAGCUCCACAAAGAUAUGUUCAGCUUUCGAUAUUGUGAUGCUGUUGUGUGUAACCAGUUUGGUUGUAGCUGGGCCGGAGGAAUUGAUCCCCAGUGAGACACCAGCCAGACAACAGGGUGUCAGUGUACUUUUUUACGUCGCCCACCAGGGCCAGCUAAGAGACAUCCAGUUCAACCCAAUCAUCUUCAACCAUGUUUUGGUGAACAAGGGCUCUGGCUACAAAAAUGACACGGGUAUUUUCACUGUGCCAGUUGGUGGUAUCUACCAGUUUGUGUUUACUGCUCAGCUCUGCAGAGGAGAACACAACAACCACUGGUACUUCAAAGUCAACGGGCAAGAAAAGAUGUUGUGCCACGCUCAGAUAUCUCGUGGUGACACUACCCUCAACACCUGUUACUUAAUGGAGGAGCUGAAAAAAGGUGACAAGGUGUGGGUAAUGCAGGGCAUGGGGGGUUGUGCCUGGGCCAGCUCCACCUCCAGAACCAUCACCUUCUCUGGCUUAUUGUUGGCAAGUAAUGGUGCGUCCAAUCUGGGAGGGGAGUACAUCCCUAGCACCUCCCUUCCACUGCCCACCAACGAGACAACGCCCAGCUCUGCAGGCUCGAGUGCUACUUUGUCCAGCAUGACUGUUGCCCUGCUGCUCUGGUUUCCACUUCUAGAUUAAUCACGGCAAAGUGAAAGAUACCUACAGCAUAAUCUAUAUGUAUAAUCUUAAUUUCAUUCUGUAUUUUUAAGGAUUCUAAUGUGACCUCUCUAAAAGAGUUAGGGUUUUAUAAACCAUCAAAACCACAGACCUGACAGCUUUUCUAAAUUUUUAGAUUAUUUUUCCAAUUGAGAAGGUCUCAAGGUGUACCUGUCCUGGAUGUCCCCACUCAAAAGUGUGAUAAAACCUACACCCUACUUUGUAAACAGCAUGUUAAGGCUCAUCUGCUUUGGAGUUUGAUGUAUUUGACGAAAACAUGCUUUAUUCUUGAAGAAGACAGUUUGGUCUUGACGUAAUUAGUAAUUUCCUUACAUGGACCUUUCAACUUUCAGGAAAUGUUGAGGGCAUUUGGGGUACUAGAAUGCAGAGGAAUUGCCAACAAAAGCCCCUUGUCUUUAAAUUUGUCAUAGCUAAUGUGUUAAAGUAAAAAGGUAAAAAGCCUUGUAGAAAACCCAAAUUGUAGUCACAGGAAUGAGCUAAAAUAGGUAAGAGAGUUUAUAAUUUCAUGUGUGCCCAUGUUUUUGAAAUCUUGGGUUAAAUAAAAUGUAAUUUGUUUUUCACAA